AUGGCCUUCCAUGGGAGGGCUCUUAUUAUUCUGCAACUGAUCAUCUCUUUGGUUGUAAUUGUAUUAUUAGGGGAUGGAAAAAUAAAAACAGCAAGAGCUCAGAUUUCCAAGCCCAGCUGCCUAGACCACUGUGGCAAUCUCACAAUUCCAUAUCCAUUUGGGCUCACCGAUGAAUGUUGCAUGGGAAUUGAAUUUCGUAUCAACUGUACGGAUGACGGAAAAGCAUAUCUGUGGGACAGUAACAUUCGUGUUACUAACAUAUCGGUUGACCUGGGUGAGAUCCAAAUUCAGCAGCGUUUGGCCCGCGAUUGCUAUGACGAGGAGGGCAACAAUGACUACAAUGUUCCUGAGUUGAGGGUGACGCCUCCUUACACCAUCUCCGGUGCCAAAAACAAGUUCAUGGCCGUUGGUUGUGACACUUACGCCACAUUCGAAGGCUUCCGCUGGAAAGAUGAGAAUCCCUUCUUUGCCGGGUGCAUGUCUCGGUGUCUCGCCCUUGACAGCGUUGAUCAGACCUCUUGCUCGGGCAUCGGUUGCUGCCAAACUUCCAUCCCUGACGGGCUGACAAACCGUACGGUGGUCUUGGGUAGCUUCCAAAAUCAUACCCGUAUAUUGGACUUUAACAAGUGCAGCUACGCUUUCAUUGUGCAAGAAGGCCAGUUCAGCUUUUCCAACAAGAGCUUUGACCAACUGGCUCAAAUAAGCAGGGUUCCCAUGAUUCUUAAUUGGGAUAUUGGGGAGCAGUCGUGUGAGAGUGCAGCUCAAAACAAGAGCCACAGUUUUGCAUGCAAGGUAAAUAGCAAGUGUGUAAACCGGACCAUGGGCAAUGCGGCCCCGUCUGGUUACAUUUGCCAGUGCUCGCCAGGUUAUCAAGGGAACCCAUACCACCCAGACGGUUGCCAAGAUGUGGAUGAGUGCAAAGACCCGAACCCCUGCGAAAUGGGAAAGUGCGUAAAUACACCUGGAAAUUACACUUGUACGUGUCCCAAAGGGUACAGAAAUACUGAAGACCUGAAGAAAUGCAUUAGCGCAUCAAAGAACACUUCCCUCAAAGUUUCAUUGGGAGUCAUAGUUUUCCUCGUUCUAACUUUUUGGCUAUAUUGCGGAAUGAAGAGGAGAAAAUUCAAGAAAGAGAAAGAAAAGAACUUUAAACAAAAUGGUGGCUUGCUUUUGCGACGAGAACUAGCAAGUUACAAUGGCACCAUUGACGUAGCCACAAUCUUUACUGAAGAAGAAUUGAAGAAGGCCACAAACAAUUACGAUGCAAAGGUAAAAAUUGGUGAAGGUGGCUAUGGAGAAGUCUACAAAGGAACUGUGUCCGGAGAUCGUAAAAAAGUGGUUGCCAUAAAGAAGCCUAAACUUAGCGCCCCAAUUACUGAGAGUCAGCAAUUUGCUAACGAGAUUAUUCUUCUUUCUCAAAUCAACCACAAACAUGUUGUGAGGCUCCUUGGUUGUUGUUUAGAGACCCAAACGCCUAUACUGGUUUACGAGUUCAUCUCAAAUGGCACUCUUCAUGAUCACAUUCAUGGAAAAGACAACAAACACUCACCACUUUCAUUAGAAUUACGGUUAAAGAUAGCAGCAAAUACAGCGGAAGCGCUGUCGUACUUGCACCACUCUACCUACCCACCAAUUGUACACAGAGAUGUGAAGGCGAUGAAUAUACUGCUAGAUGAGAACUACAGGGCAAAAGUAGCGGACUUUGGAGCUUCAAGGUUGGUUCCUCAAGAGGAUCAAAACAACAUAUCAACUUUAGUUCAAGGGACGCUCGGGUACUUAGACCCUGAAUAUCUUCAGACGCACAUACUAACAGAAAAGAGCGACGUCUAUAGUUUUGGAGUCGUCCUGGUGGAGCUACUCACAAGCCAAAGGGCACUUAUAAGUAAAAAGAAUGAGGCACAUACAAACCUAGCAAAUGUCUUUGUUUGUGCAAUGAAAGAGGGGAGCUUGGAUCAAAUUCUUGAUGCUGAAAUAGUGAGGCAAGGACUUAACUCUGAGAAAAUCAUAGAAAAAGUGGCCGGUCUGGCAAGGAGUUGCUUGAGCUUAAGAGGGGAAGAAAGGCCUUCCAUGAAAAAUAUAGCCAUCGAGCUCGGGGUAUUAUUGCAGGUCAUGGGAGUUCAUCAGGCUGAUUUCAAACCAUCUCCGGAAGACACCGACUACUUGCUUGGGUCACCUGCUUACGUUGUAGAUGUUAGAGGUGACGAUGGUAAUAUUAUAAAUAGUGCAGAGUACGACCAGAGCAUGCAAUUCAUUCAACACAUCCAACUGGUAAAGCCUUAUGGUGAUGGACGAUAG